UUAGGACCCAGAGUUUGACAAAUCAGUGGACUGGGUGUGGAGAAUUGCUCUAUCCAUAAAGAACAGAUCGCCUUUGGUAAACUGCUUCUACUUUUAUCUGUUUGUCUGAGCAGCGGCUCUUUUUUUCCUCUGUACUAUUCCGCUGGACCUAUUCAGCGUCUGUGUUCCGAGUGCUCAAGAUGUUUCAAGUCGGCAAAUUUCUGAAAGGGCUCGUAGAUGUUGUCAGCAACAUCGAUCAGUUUGUUCCAUCUGACCCUCCUCCUCCCAGAAGACCACUUGCAUAUGUAAACCAGAAUGAAACAGAUGAAGAGAGGCAGUUUCGCAGGGUGUUUCAACAACUUGCAGGGGAUGACAUGGAGGUGAGCCCUAAUGAACUGAUGGGCAUCCUUAACAAGAUUAUUUCCAAACAUGGCGAUCUGAAGACAGAUGGUUUCACUAUUGAGUCCUGCAGAAGCAUGGUGGCAGUAAUGGACAGUGACAGUACUGGAAAACUGGGGUUUGAGGAAUUCAAGUAUCUUUGGAAUAACAUCAAGAGGUGGCAGGGUGUUUACAAGAGUUUUGAUGCUGAUCACUCUGGUAUGAUUGGGUCCGAUGAGCUACCUGGAGCUUUCAAAGCAGCAGGGUUCCCACUCAAUGACCAGCUUUUCCAGUUGAUCACCCGGCGAUAUAGUGAUGAAAAGGGCAACAUGGACUUUGACAAUUACAUCGGAUGUCUUGUGCGCCUGGAUGCUAUGUGUCGUGCCUUCAAGACGCUUGAUAAAGACAACAAUGGCACCAUUAAAGUAGACAUUCAAGAGUGGUUGCAGCUGACUAUGUACUCCUGAACGAAGAAAAA